AUGGCCAGCAUGACUCAUUCUGAUAAGCAUGAAAGCAACUCGGAUUCUUCCAUGUCCCUCUCGUCGUCCAUACUUGUUGAAGACCGCAAUUCUUCCGUCUUCGACUUUUACGGCCUAGUCAUGGAUAUGGAUGAUUAUCAACACCCUUCUCCUCCCACCAUAGAUAUGUCUACAUCCAUGGUUCUCGAGCGCACCGCGGCAAUCAGAACAUCCCCUUCUGAAGCCGACGACUUCUCGAUGAGCGGCUGGACCACUGUUGGCACAUCCUCCACCGCCUCCGAAACCACAUGCCCCGCUCCGGCGUCCGUGUCCGUGCCCGCCUCCGUCGCCGAUCUCACGGCAUCCGAGCUGCUGCUCCGCCUGGAACUCCAGGAUACCCAGCCUUCAGGCUCGCUUGCCAGUCCCGGCUCGCACGUGGUGGGUGACCGUGCUUGUGAAAUGUCCGUCGGCAGCGAUAGCCUAUUCAGCUACACCUACACCUUUGUCCAAGAUGACCAAGGACUCUGCGGAAUCGGAGCGUGGGCUGAUAUUAUGUACCACUAG